GGAAGGCAGCGGGGUGCCCGGACGCAAGGCCCUGGGUGUGGACGCGGGGGGCGUGUGUGCGCCGGAGAUGCCGCGGCCCAGCCCAGGGCGCUGACCACCAUGCCGUUCCCGCCCGCGCCGCCGCCGCCGCCCACCCCGGCCCCGGGGGUCCCCGCCGCGCGCCCGCCGCCCCGGAAGCCCGGCGCCCCGCGCAAGGCGGCGGCGCCCGCCUGCGCCCCGCCCGGACCCUCGCCGCCCGCCGCGGCCGCCGAGAAGAAGAGGCGGCCUCCCGAGCGGCCCCCGGGGCCGCUGUCCAGCUCCUGGCCCUCCGCCACCCUGAAGCGGCCGCCGGCCCGCCGCGCCCCCGGCCCGGCAUCCCCGCGCGCCCCGGCCCCGUGCGCGUCCCGGCCGGCCGGUUCCGGCGACAGCCCCGCGGGGACCGCGGCCGCGGGGGCGCGGACGGCCGCCUCGGGCGCCGGGCCCGACGCCGCCCUGCGCUUCUCGCUGAGCCUCACGCCCGAGGCCGUGCUGGUCGUCCAGCGGCGCCACCUGGAGAGGCAGCUGCUGGCUCGGCCCCGGCGGGCGCCCCCAGCCGACGCCGGGCGCCCGCCCGCCGCCUGCCCCCGGGCCGCGGGCCUCGGCCGCCUGGCCCCGCCGCCGCCGCCCGCCCCCGGCCCGCGGCCCGCCGACCUGCGCUCGCUGCUCAAGGUGUCGCUGCUCAACGAGCGGCACAAAUACGACGACGUGGAGUACGAGGAGGAGGCCGCGACCGCCGACGAGGGCCUGGUGCGCAAGUGCACCCAGUGGCUGCGCGGCGUCGAGGCGGCGGCCGCCGCGCGCGACCGGGCGGGGCCCCUGGACGCGCUGCCGCACCUGAGCUCGCUGUGAGCGCGCCCGCCGCCCUCCCGGGCUCCCGAGAGCCGGCCCCGCGGCCCACCCCCUGCGGAGGACGGGGAGACGGCCGCCGCCCCGCCUGCGGCCCUCCGCGGCUCCCCGCGGCCCACCCCCUGCGGAGGACGGGGAGACGGCCGCCGCCCUGCCCUGCCCUGCCGCCGGCCGGGCCUCGCCCUGCGGGUCUGCCCUCUGCACCUGUUGGCUUCUUCCGCGCCCACGGGUGUCCUCGGCGCUCGUGGGUGGGGGGUGAGUCGCGGUACCCAUGCCUCUCAGCCCCCACCCCUAAGGGUCCCCUGGGUCCCCCACCCCCAGCGGGGGAAGUCCCGUCGGUGGGUGUGGCUUUGCAGGUGCAGGGGGCCAGAAGGGGGGCGGCCAGGCAGUGCUGCGUGGACGGUUUUGCCUCUCUUGGGUGGGAACCAUGUCCUGGGGCCUGGAAAACCCGCGACGCAGGUGAACCGAACUUCCGGUCGGCAACGGGGAGGGUGCUGGCCACUAGGAGAGUCUGCCCGGCCAGUGGGCGCUGUGAUGGGCACCGUGCUCUGCGGUGGCCACGCAGACUUCUGAGGGCCGGGAGCCCACGUGCACAGUCCCACACACACAGGUACAUGCCUGCACACUGACACAUGCUUACCUUCACACACUCAGCUUUCACGCUCACACACUUGUGCUCUCAUGCACACUUAUCCAUACUCACGCUCAUGCUCGUUCAUGCACACAUGCUCACGCCGGUUCACAUACAGUUCUUGCCCACCGUGCUCUCUACACUCACACACACACACACAGACACACGGGCGAGCACAGCUGCGGGGACGCUUCGGCGUCCGGGGUUCCGCGGCACUGGGCGAGGCCCGCUUCUGGAGGAGGCAUCCUCUCUAUCUUAGUGCUGCUCACACCUGUCUGUGCUACAGAGGGAAGGGGGAGGUGACGUGCAGAGAGCUGGACCACAUGCGGGGCGCCACAGGCGGGCCAGAAACCCGUUUCUGUAGGGACUGUGGGAGUGCAGGGCAGAUGGGUGUUUUCAGCGCUUUUAGUCCCUGUGUGAGAAUCAGUGACGUGGUGGCUUUGUACCGUUUAUACAGUGGUUUGGAAAAGGGAAGUUUUUAUUUAUUAUUUGAAUACAGGGUAAGACUCCCCUGCCUUUCAGAGGUCAUACUCUGCUCCACUAACUCCAGGCUGAUUUCUAGGUAUUCCUUCUGUGCAUCUGAGUAUAUUUAACGCCAAGGUUGAGAAGGGGGGAGAAGGUUAUACUCAGAUAAAGCUGGUUAUAUGAGAGUGUAAUGUAUUACCUCAACUUUUGUCUUAUUUUAUAACACGUAACUAGUUUAAUGUUUAUCUCAUUAGACUUUAAAGUGUCAAGUCUUGCUUGCAUUGUACAUUGAAGCCUUACAUUCUUAAAAACCAGUUUUGUAUUUUUCCUGCGGAGGUCUCUGCUCUCGUCUCUCCCGUGCUAGGCACGCCUCUAGGUAGACACGAAGCAUCUAAGUUUGUGGGAGCUGGAUAACCCUAACCCUAACCCUAACCCUGCCAGACGAGACGCAGGACCGAGGACCUCCACCUGAUGAGUAGCUUGCCUUCUGUGUGAGUGCCCAGACCUGGACUGUGUUUUAUUUUAAAUGUGUGUCUUAAUACCAGAAUGGCAAAGGCAGCAAUCGUGUGGAGGUGACUUUAAGACACAUGUCUCUGUGAAUGCUGCGGGCACCCCCGUGGAGUCUGCCGAGCUCAGUCCUGGGGGAGGAAUGCUGCUCUGGACGUCAACUGUGAGGCCAAGGAGGGCAGUGCCCUUGGCCUUAUGUGCACUCGGCACAAACACCAGUGAUUAACAGGCCCCGGUUCAUGCCCGUUGUGACAGUAAGGGCAUUGUGAAGACUUUCCUAAAGGAGCUGAUGUUUGCAGAGCGUCCUGCGUCUGUGUGUCUGUCCUGGCCCUGGCACUCGAGUUGUCUGUGUCCACGUCUCGUCCUUUGUCUCCCUCUCCUCCCCUCCCCGCUCCGCUGGACCCCCAGCCCCGUCUUGCCCAUAGCUGGCCACGGACACCACGCACUUUUUCUCCUUGGCGAAGUCGGCUGGAGUUGUGUGCCUUGUUCUUCAUUUUGAAAGCAGAUGGGUCAAACGUUCGUGUUGCUCUGGUUGACAACCCUCAAUAAAAGACAAAAAAAGUGUUUUACACGUGA